CCUCCAUGUUUGAAGACAUUUGUUUUCAUUGUUAGACUGGCCAAUAUAAUGUAUAAUCUGUGAUAUGUACCUCCCCCGACUUUACUCGUCGAUUUCCGUCUACAGUCGGCUACUUUCGGUUUACCUAAAACGCGCCCAGUGCAAGUGUGAUGUAUUGGAGAAGCAGUUUCUGUAUCGUCCACGCUUUUCGGAAUCCUUGGGACGUCCAAACUCUGACGUUACACCAUCAAAGUUGACAUUUUAAAUGGUUAUGAUACUUCUUAUUAUAGAUCAAUGUUAAGGUAAGGGUUAGGUAAGGAUAAUGGUUAAGGUCAGGGUAGGGGGUAGGGUUUAGGGUUUAGGAUUUCCCAAGGAUUCCGAACAGCACUGUCUUUGGCUUCACUUUCACUUUACCAGAAAUCAUGUGAGUACGUCACGGAUAAUUCAAUAUUGAAAGUAUAAGUCAAAGGACACCGAAAAUUUGCAGUUUUUGACGUCCAACUCAUCAAACCCACAGUCAUUGCAUCCAACUCUUAUCUAAACCCAGUGACUGUUUCUCAAGGCCAGUCUGAUCUUGGCAGCGUGAUAAAGUUAUUCAACAGCAGCAGGUCAUAGCAGAGUGGAUCAAAUCCUAUUUCCCUACAGCAGCAUCAGUGUGAAAGUACAAGUAUGAGUCAGGCAAGGACAAAGAGUUUGGAAGAGCAAAUCAGGGGCCUCUCACCAGUUGCAGCACAUGCCCUGGCAAGUGCUGAAAUUACAGAUGACAUUGAAAUUCAAGAGUUAACAAGAGAAGAUCUGACCGAACUUCUGCCAGGUGUUCAGCAUUUUAAACUUAGAAAGAAGAUCAGUGAACUUCUAACCAAAUCUAAACAGGACACAGCUACACCUAUUGCUUUAGUUCUUAACGAGCUGAGGGAAUUCCUUCCGGUUGAUGUCAUGGAGAAUGCACUUGUUCCUGGGGGAGUGUUACAUGGCUACUUCCCUAUUCUUAGAGAUUUGGAGAAGCAGCUGGCCAAAGCCCUGAACUUCAUUCAGGAACACAUUAGAAUGCUCGAGAGCUACAUUGGAGAACAGUCCAUGGAGGCUCAGAGCAGUGCUGAGUCCCCAUUAGUUGACUCUGCUACAGCAGGAAACCAGCCUUCAAAUGUUGCAGGCUCUGACACCCAGUUACAAAGAGGAAUAAGAGGUGCUCCUCAAAGUUCCACUGGUAGUGGGCCAACCAAGCCACGAGGCAUACUAGAGAAAUCACACUCUGCAAACCCUCCAGGAGCAGUAGGUUUGAAACAGCCUUUUGCAACAUCCUACACAGAUAUGAAGUCCUCAUCUGUAGAUUGUAGCUUCCAGCCCAAACAAAAAGCGGAAGGUUGGCUGAAGAGAAUUGGUUUGCAAAAUGAGAAACAACUAGUUAAAGUCCAUUCACGAGUCUGUGGAAAAACCCUGAACUAUCACCUUGCACUCAUGAAACAAGUGGAUGAUCUGGGAGUAGGACUUCAGCGAGAGGAGACCAGUGCAGAGGACUGCCAAGUCCUAAUACUCUUCUGUCCUGUUACAUCUCGUGUGGGAACAGACAUUGAUGCUGCCAUGAGCCAAGUUCCAAGUAACAGAUAUGCCAUUCUAGUGGUGAUGCACCAUACUUUUGAUCCCAACUUUGUCACAAGCCAGAGAUCUGCAUCUAACUACAAAAACGUAGUGGAAGUUCAUGUUCUCUUUCAUGACUCUGUGGGACUUCUGCAUUGUCAAACAAAUGCUAAAGCAGUGACUCUCAUACAUAAGGCCUUACAGAAAUACAACAGCAUUACUGACACACGUUAAGUGCCCCAUGGUGGCAACACAAAGUAGUCUGAAGUCUAACGCGCAAACAUGAUUUAAAAACCUCAAAUUCUAUAACGUCCAUUCAAGGCAUUGGUCAUUCAUUCUAGUUCAGAAUAAAGCAAAUCACAAUCUGUGUAGUGAACCAAAUUAAUGAUUAUGUUGAUACUCAAUCGGGACUAAAUUAGAUGUCUCACUGUAGAACAGCUGCUAUGAAUGAAUCUUUGAAGUGGCUGCCCUCCAAGCAUGUCCAAGCAUGUCCUCAAACACUAUGUGGGAUGCCUCAUAUUUGUGAAUUUCAGAUUUUCCUUAUUUUAGUAUUAGAAGCACUUAUUUUGUUGUUGGAGGUACUUUUAACAAAUGCUUGUCUUUGUGACUACUCAAUCAUAAGAGAUUGAAAAGUUGUACCUACAGUAUCAUUAAUGAUAAUGUUUUGCUUACACAUGUUCUGAAUUAUUUUCAUAGAUUAAGAGAAGGAAAGAAGUGUUCCAUCAAAUAUUGAAUAACUUAGUAAGAAUGACAUUGAGAUGUUUUUUCCCCAAAACUCUUCUGAUAACAUACAGUAGUACAUACAGUGCCUUCGGAAAGUAUUCAGACCCCUUGACUUUUUCCACAUUGUUACGUUACAGCCUUAUUCUA